AUGAAUACAAGCAAACACAAUGUAAACACCGUAGAAGUAGUUAAAAUAGCAGCAAGUAAUCCAUCAUUGGAUCUGCCAAAAGAGACUGCAGACGGCAGUAACAGCAGCGGGGAGCUGGUAAAAAACCCCUUUCAAAGGAGCUCGAGACUGGCUCAUUCGCCUCCGUUGAUUGGAAGAACCCGAUCUGCGUCACCAUGCAUGCAGUACAGCAGUGUCGCAAAGGAAGCCACAACAGAAGAGCUCAACCGCAGCAUCAGUGCUAAAAUUAAAGAGCUGACGGAGAUGAUGGAACUCUCAAAGCGUAAUAUUAACCAGCCAAUGCGUGAUCUGGUUUCGAGCAUUUCUGAGCUCCAUAAGAAGUUAGAAAGGUCGAUUCUGACUUCCAGAAUAAGGAUGUUAAAAGGGACCAAAAGUGUUGUACUCGAAGCAAAAAAUGAAUGCACGCAAACAUCGCCUCUUAUAAAGCGCGUCACGGAUGGUACGCCAAAGAGAUGUAUAGACACAGUCGCUGCACGGAAAAGCCCGGCAAAAAAGAGCAAAAGUGACCGCGAUGGAACACUGAAGGCAACGCCGGUAUCAACAAAAGAGCAAACCAGCUCCGAAGGAUGGAGCACGCAAGGCAUCGCAGCUAACGCUGCCAGCUGUAUGGAAGACGAUGGAAAUCGAUGCCUAGCCAACGCUGACGAAAUUUUGCACAUUUGCAAACAGAUCAAAGGCAAUAAGGCACCCGGGCCCGAUGCGAUCCCGAAUGAAGCUCUUAAGUUGGCAAUCCAAAAGCAUUCAGAAAUCUUUGUGGAUGUUUACAACUCCUGCCUAGAAGAAUGCACAUUCCCGAAAGAGUGGAAACUGCAAAAGCUAGUGCUAAUACCAAAAGGGUCUAAGCCGGCGGAAAAUCCCUCAGGCUACCGCCCACUAUGCUUACUGGACACGGCAGGGAAAAUAUUAGAGAGGCUAAUUGUAAAUCGCCUGGAAUCUUCCAUCGAUAGUGCCGGAGGGUUAUCGCCGCACCAAUUUGGCUUCCGUAAAACACGCCUUACCACAGAUGCUGUUAUAGCGGGCUAG